AUGCGGCACACGUCAUGGACGCCUCAAUACUCGUUACGGGCUGACCACCUAACCCCUUUGUCAACCCCUUCCCCGGCUCUGCCGUCCCCUAUUCUGUACCUCGUGCCUCUCCCACACUCUUGGCCGCCUUUCUUCGCUGCUGUCUUCUUUGCUGUCUUGCUUCUCGCCCCACAGGAGGACAAGUUCCCCCUGGCGGUGUUCAGCAGCGGGUUCCUGCUGGACUCUGCUCACAGCGGGUUCCUGCUGGACUCGGCUCAGUACCGCAGCUACGCCCACCACCUCGCCAGCUGGGGCUUCGCUGUAGUCACCUACAAUAAGGUGGAGGGGCUGAUGGGCCCUCUGGACGACAUCAUCUGUGCGCGGUUCAUCACAGAACUCAUCAACUGGGCUGGCACCAGAAUAGCAGACAACACCCGCGUCUACCUCUGCGGUCAUUCUAGAGGAGCCAAGGUGAGCGUGCUGGCAGCGGCCAUGGACCCUCGAGUGCUCUCCCUAGGCCUCGUCGACCCUGUCGAUAACACAACAGUGGCGCCCCUACAGGCAGGCACCAGCGCCAUCACCCUUCUUUUCCCUGCUAUACCCCUCCCCCUUCCCUCCCCGUUAAACCCUCCUACUUCUUUCCCCCUACCCCUUCCCUCCUCCCUCUCCCUGCAGUCUAUGCUCCACUGGCCCCCGGUCUAUGCCCCUCUGGCCCCCGGGUACCCCUCAGCAGUGGCAGCUAUGAGGGCGGGCAACGACGCCAUCGAGCACCUCCUCGCCGAUGCCAACCCCGCCAACCAAGGCCUCGCCGUCUCCCUCCCCACCCUUGUCGUUGGCGGCGGCUACCUCGGCGACUGCGCCCCUGCUGCCUCCAACUACCGCUGGUUCUUUAAAGAGGCUGGUUCAGAGAGGCCUUCAACUCUCUCUCUUCCAACCCCCUCGUCUUCCCCCCUCUCUCCCCCUGCAGUCUAUGCGCCGCUGGCCCCCGGGUACCCCUCAGCAGUGGCAGCUAUGAGGGCGGGCAACAGUGCCAUCGAGCACCUCCUUGCCGAUGCCAACCCUGCCAACCAAGGACUCGCCGUCUCCCUCCCCACCCUUGUCGUUGGCGGCGGCUACCCCGGCGACUGCGCCCCUGCUGCCUCCAACUACCGCUGGUUCUUUAAAGAAGCUGGCAACCCUAGCUGGGAGGUUGUGCUGCGAGACGCGGGGCAUUUCCAGUUUUUAGACUCGCCGCCGGUGCUGCAGGCGGCUGUGUGUGGGCUGGGCCCAGCCAGGGAUGAGGAUGUGAGGCGGGCCACGAGGGCGUGUAUUGCCGCGUGGGGCCAUGCGACUGUGCCCAGGCAGAGGGGGAAGACGGUGGGUGGGGGUGGGAGAGGGGCGGUGCCGCAGCAGGGAGGGGGAGAUGGGGGAGUGGGAGGGGAGGAAGAGGGUUGCAUCAGCAUUGGCGGGAGGUGCGGUGGCAGUGGCAGCGGUGGGACGAGCGGGACCAGUGACGAUAUGGACGCCGCUGCAGCUGAUAGCUGGAGAGCGGGUGCAGGAAGGGAGAAGGGGCCGGCGCAGGCGCCUGCUCAGGCUCCUGCUCCCGCUUUGACCCCGUUGACUCCGUUGACUGCGGGGGAGAACCUGGAGGCCCCUGUGUCGGAUAGGAAGGAUGAGCUGGAGGCCAUGAUGGUUUCAGUUGCUGCUGAGCUAGCAGCGGUUGGAGGGACCAAGUUCAAUUCAAGGCUGAAACUAUGA